UCCGACACUACCAUGACCAACUAUGGAAAUUUUAAAAUUGUGACCGUUUUUAUAGCAAAACGUCGGAAAAACAGUGCAAAGAAAUUUCGUUUUUGUGGAGAUGGCGAUUGUCCUGACUGGGUUUUGGCAGAGAUUAUUUCUAAACUGUCUACACUAACAGCGGAAAACUUGGAAAAAUUAGCAGGACUGGUGGCGAAAAGGAUUAUAGACGAUAAUUUAGACGAAGAUGAUAUUAAGAUCUGUAUCGGCACUGAUUCAUACGAAGGAAAGUCAGCUAUAGCUUGCGUACACUUUCUUCUGGUAAAUGCCGCCCGACACAAUGUAGCUGAGAGUGUUUUUAAUGAGGAAAUUCAACAACUGGGUUUACCAAAAGAUCAUGCGGCUGCAGUGAGUCGCGUACUUACGGCAAAUGCGACAUCAAUUCGCCAAAAACUAGUCGACAAAGCAUUUAAAAUUAAUGAGUUAACUUCGGUGCGAUAUAUUUCUCCAACUGAAGACACUAAAACGAUUAACUGUGCCACAUUUGAAAUAAAACUAUCAGAUGAAGUAGUUAAUGAUUUACCUGAGGAGUGCACAACUCAUAUUGUCAAUAUGAGCUAUGAAAAUGUUAAAGCACUAUUAGAAGAACUCAAAAUCGCACAGGAUCUUAUACAACAGAAUUCAAUAGAAGAAUGGAGUGGUGCAUCAUAAUAAAAUGCUUUUGUGCGAUUAAAAAAUAUUUGAAUAAUGGUAAAUUUGCAUGUUAGUAUUAACAAUAUCGAGAUUUUUAAACUAAGUUAACUGAUAAUGGACACAAUUAGAUAUAGUUUUAAGUUUAUUAUUUCAAUUGAUCUUGUGGAAUACAAGUAUUUUGAUAUAUCACUCUAUGAAACUCGCUACGUUGUAACCAAUUAUUUGGAUUAAGCCUGACACAAUACCAUAUUUUGAUGAUAGUUAAUGUCAGCAUUAUAAUUGAUUAAAUACGUAAAAGAAAUAUUCAUUUAUAUAUAUAUAUCUGUUUCGAAGUCCACAUUACUAACUAUUGUGACUUUGAUGAUUCAUAUUUAUAUUUUGAGCUAAUUCCAUCGUUACCGUUAUCUGGGUCAACAGUGCAUUAACAACAGAAAAUGACAACUGCUGAGGAAAGUAUUGUGCUACAAAAUGGUCAGUUUCUGUGAAAUGUAAACGGUCAACGCUGGGAGAGCCGUUCUGUUUUGAUGUAUAAACAAAUUAAGUCUAAAUCCAAAUAAAUAAUGCUCUAAAAAAUAAAA